AUUCGAGAUACGAAAACACAGCAACGGCGACACAAAAGCUCAGGGAAACGUCAGCGGCAGCGGCAAUGGCAGCGGUUUUUCAUAAAUAAAUGUUUGAGUUAUGUAGAAAAACAUUUUGGGCGAGAAGAUUUUCGUUUUCGUUGCGAUUCAGUUAACAUUUGGCCAGCGGAUUCCGCCUUCAACGGACACGACGACGGACUAGGCGCUAGCCUACUUUCCACUUUCCACACCACUGCUGGCCAUAUGUACAGUUUACUCUAGCAGCUAAGCCGGAAACGACGGUGACAGCGAGCACAACGGUUAACGGAAGCGGAAACGAACAAGAAAAUAUCAAAUUCCAGUUUAAAACGCGUAGCAUAUGCAAAUGCCGAGUGAAGCCAGUGAAGCAAGUCAAGCGCCAAAACGAACACAGUUCCUGAGCAAAAUAGUCAAAUAACAGUGUUGCGUCCUCUAAAUUAAGUGAGUCCAGUUCGCGGACUCGAAUAGACUACAGUGUAUACCCGCUAAGUCAUGCACACCAGCACGGAUCCCAUGCACAAUCUGCACGACAGCGUCUCCCUCUCGCCGCCGCUCAUCAAAAGCUCCAGAGGCGGCUCCUCCGGCGGCAACGGAAUCGGAUGCAGUGCGUCCUCGCGCGCCGCCGCCGCAGAUGCCAUGUCCAUGGGCUGCGACGACAGCGACAUCGAGCCGUCGUCCAUGGGCGGAAGUGGUGCCGCCGGCGGCAACGGCGACGGUUCGGGAUCCUCGGGUGGUCCACUGGUGAAGCCACCUUACUCCUACAUAGCCCUGAUCACCAUGGCCAUUCUCCAGUCGCCGCACAAGAAGCUCACGCUCAGCGGGAUCUGUGAUUUCAUCAUGUCGCGCUUUCCGUACUACAAGGACAAAUUCCCCGCCUGGCAGAACUCCAUCCGGCACAAUCUCAGCCUGAACGACUGCUUCAUAAAGGUGCCCCGCGAGCCGGGAAAUCCCGGAAAGGGCAACUUCUGGACGCUGGACCCGCUGGCGGAGGACAUGUUCGACAACGGUAGUUUCCUGCGCCGGCGGAAGCGCUACAAACGGGCGCCCACCAUGCAACGCUUCUCGUUUCCGGCGGUCUUUGGCACGCUUUCUCCGUUUUGGAUCCGCAAGCCCGUGCCCCUCGUGCCGGUGCACUUCAAUGUGCCCAACUUCAAUGGGAGCAGGGACUUCGACGUCGUCCACAAUCCGGCGGAUGUUUUUGACUCAGCUCUGCGGGCUGACAAGAAGUUCAACUUCUUUGCGAAUGCCGAGGCAUCCUUCUACCAGGGAAGUCAGUCGGGGGACAAGUUCGACCGACUGCCCUUCAUGAAUCGCGGUCGAGGAGUGGAUGCCCUGGAUGCACUGCCGCACAGCAGUGGCUCCGGUGGAGCAGGCGUUGGAUCCGAGGGCAGCCGUGGCUCCAAGUACAAAAGCCCCUACGCCUUCGAUGUGGCGACUGUGGCCAGUGCUGCGGGCAUUCCCGGCCACAGGGAAUACGCAGAACGACUGUCCGCCGGCGGUGGUUACAUGGAUCUCAAUGUGUACAACGACGAUGCGGACACAGAGGCCGAUGCGGAAGCCGAGGGAGAUGACGACUCCUGCGAGGACAAGAUCGACGUGGAGAGCGGCAAUGAGCAGGAGGACUCACAUAUCUCCGAUUCGGUGGACAGCGCCUGUACAAAUCGCCUGGACGCACCGCCGGAUGCGCUGAUCUUCGAGAACGCCGAGGCGUCCGACUCCAGUCCAAGGAGACGCUUCGAUAGCGAGCCCCUGGUCCUGCGGACCAGCAAACAGAGCAGCGCCAAGGACUUCCGCAUCGAGACGCUGAUUGGCCACCACCUGCAUCGCGGUGCCAGCCAGGAGGAGGCCAGCGACUAGGCGGGAUUCCCACUUGGGUGAACCAAUUGGCUUGUGUACAGUCCAGUGAACGGUGAUUUCAGUUUCGAUCUAAGCACGUUUUAAAAAUCCACUUACACCACCACCCAGGAAUCCAAUCCGAGCAGCAAGUAGUGAUCAGUAGGUGUAUCCGUAGGAUGUAGGAGCCAGCACACGAGUUUUUAAAUGCGACCAAAUCGAAGUCAACGCUAUAGUUGCCAGUCAGUCAGUCCACUUACGUACUAUACAUAUAUCUGCGCGUAAUAUCUAUGUAAAUCUGAAGCAUUGCACGUCUAUAGCAUACUUUUAACGCGAAUUCUUGGGGUCUGGACUCAGGAUUCCAGGCUCUAGACUAGACCUAUAUCUACCAUGCAAGUACUAAUCAUGUGUAUGUGUGCGUGUGCGUCUGCGUGUAACUGUAACACAUCCAAGCAAGAGGAACACUAUUAACUAUAAAUUAGACUAAGAAUUUUGCUGAUGUUAUUGAAAAUUGAAUAAACAACAUAAUAAUAGUUU